CAGUAAAGCUUGUGUACUUUUGUUUUGAAAGGUGCUGUGUAAAUAACAAAAUGUGUCAUUAUCGUACUCUGAUGCCGCCUGGCUGACGGCACUCAGUGACCAAACCACUCACGCCUGUUGAGUGGCAAUUAGGAGAAACGGGACCAAAAGCCUGAAGAGGGGGGGGGAUUAAACAAUAAUGGUGAAUCAUAGUAAAUGAACACAGAGAUCACUUAAAAAGACUCGGCGUGUUUUUUCUUUUGUCAGAUGGCAAACUUCUCUCAACCCUGUGCGUCUCUGCGCCGUGUUGUCAACAGGGAGGACCAGCUGGUGGUGCAUGUGGUCCCCAGUAAAUCUGCUCUGCGCUCAGAGCGACAGAACGAACCAGUCCAGGACUCUCUCCACUCCGAGUGACUCCUCCUCUUCUGUUUUUUGUUCAUGGUACGAAUGGAUGGUAUAGCUUUUACUUUGUACUUGGCGUAUGGCGAGCGCAGGACCAGGAAAUGAAUAAAACAAUCGGCUUUACACUGGUAGGAGCUGACAGUCCGGAGGAGUUACCGGCACAUCGAGCUUUAACGGGCUGCGUCCUGGCGCUGCUCAUCAUUUGGACACUUUUAGGUAACUUCACGGUGUGCGCAGCCGUUUUUCGCUACCGGCACCUGCGCGCCAAAGUGACCAACAUCUUCAUCGUGUCCCUGGCUCUGUCGGACCUCUUGGUCGCCGUGCUGGUGAUGCCAUGGAAAGCUGUGGCUGAAGUGGCGGGUUUCUGGCCAUUUGGAAGGUUCUGCAAGACUUGGCUGGCCUGCGACAUCAUGUGCUCCACGGCCUCCAUCCUCAAUCUGUGCGUCAUUAGUGUGGACCGAUACUGGGCCAUCUCCAGCCCUUUCCGCUAUGAGAGAAGUAUGAACAAGAAGGUGGCCUCUGUUAUGAUCGGCGUGACCUGGACAGUCUCCGUGGUCAUCUCCUUCGUUCCCGUACAGCUGAACUGGCACCGACCGGAGAUCGCUGACCCGGCUGCGGAGGAUUUGGCGCCUGGUGCCAAGAGUGUUGAUGGGAGCUGUGACUCCAGUCUGAGCCGCACAUACGCCAUCUCCUCAUCCCUCAUCAGCUUCUACAUCCCCGUAGCCAUAAUGAUUGUUACAUACACCCGUAUCUACCGGAUAGCUCAGAUGCAGAUCCGGAUGAUAUCCUCUUUGGAGCGGGCGGCGGAGCACGCGCGGAGUUGCCGCUCGGACGUACCUGAACAAUUUCCACACCUGUGCACGGAAAUUGGUACAAACUCGUAUCAGUCUCAUUUUCAUCACGAUUCUCGGCACUCUAGUCAGUCACAGCGGGACCUCAAUGUCUCCAUCAGAAAGGAGACCAAAGUCCUCAAAACUCUAAGCAUCAUUAUGGGUGUUUUUGUCUGCUGCUGGUUGCCGUUCUUUAUCCUGAACUGCGCUCUGCCCUUCUGUCCGGGACCAGAAGCUCCGGGGGCCCUGCGGGGGCCUUACUGUGUCAGCGAAAAAACCUUCGAUGUCUUCGUGUGGAUCGGCUGGAGCAAUUCGUCUCUCAACCCGGUCAUCUAUGCUUUCAAUGCGGACUUCAGAGACGCCUUCCUGCGCCUGCUGCGUUGCCGCGGACGGAGGUGCUGCGCCGCGGUGAACGCGGCGGUGGACACGGUGAUGGCGAGCAACGAGGCCAGACACCUGAAGCAGGAGAGCCCGCUGAACGUGAAGCUGGGCGUCUCCUGUGCCAUGAAAACCGGUGGAAGUGAAGACAGCGGGAACACAACGGUGACUGUGCUUUAUCACAGAGGGGCAACCUCGGAUCAGGUGACAGACACCGAGGAAAGUAUCGAUAAAGACAGAUUGACACAGAUACCAAUUUAAGUGACUCACUGUCUGAAAUCCCAUGUUCAAAAUCAGACAGCAAAGCGUGUAGCAGUAGGCUACAGGAAAAACGAAGCACUGCAGCACAGUGAAUAUUUUUCAAAGGUCAGUCAAACAUCCAUGUGAACCAAACGAACAUUUACAAACAAAAAUGACACGAUCACAUGAUACAAAAUAACACCCAUUAUCCAUAUAAGUAUGAAAAACCACUUGGUAGUGUCGUUUUCGUCUUUCUUUAGGACAUUAGUCGUUUUUGGGGAUACUUGAAGGUGGAUCUGGUGUGUGGGUUAUAGCUUCAUUUUGGUUCACAUGAAUGCUUACCUGACAAAGACUUUGUAAGGUGAAAUGUUGCAUUGUAAAAUCUAUGUUAGGACUACCUCUUCCAAAUAAUAUUGACAAGUCCAUAUCUGCGUAAAUAAAGUGAGGCCCAACAAUAAGAUUAAGGCAGGAGACAUUGACUGGAUUUUCCAUUUUUUAUGUUGUAUGUUAAAUCAAGAGACUCAAAAGAAGGAAUUCAGUUCUGUCUUGUAAUUUUCUAAAAAAAAAAGUCAUAAAUGACAACCAAAGCAAAGGAGACACCUGUGGGGUGGUCAGAGUUUCAAAUCAAGUCAGGACUCAUUUACAGGUUUCUCAGCAUUAGCUUAGAAUUUAUGAUGCACGUGGGUGAUAAAACACCUUAAAUUCACAUUGCUGCCUGUUUCGAGAGAACUCUCAGUUGAAAAUUAGCAGCAAGCAAGUGAAAUAUCCCACCCAUUUUAGUCUACUUGAAAAACACUGACAUUUAGCUAGAGAGAAUGGACGUUUUUGCUGUGAGGCUUCCAUUCACCAUGGACAGAGAGUUACUGGAGGUCGGGAUUUCACUGAAUCUCUAGAAAUGGGAUUAUGUAACUAACUCACAUUAGCACCCGUCAGCUGUGCAUCUUGGUGAAUGCACUGUGCACUCUGUCCACCCCCCCCCCUCCUGAAAGAAACAAACAUAAAUAAUUUGUAAAGGUUGUUCCUGUGAAAGAUGCCCUGCCCGGUGAGAACACAGAAGCUUUUACGGUGACAACCCUGAAAAACACAAUUAUCUAUGCGGUGAGGCUGAUGCAGGAGCAGGGACUACAAAUCUAGGCAGAGAUCCGCAGUCUCAUAGCCUGUGCAGUGAUGAAUUUCCUUCAUAUUAAUAUCUGUUCAUUUUUGUUUAAUGAGACUUCCUUGUUGUUGUUAAAUAUGAAACGUGUGUUGCAGCUUUGAGAAGCCACAAGCCUUAAUGGAGCCAACAAGAGUUAUGAUUCCAUCCUGAGCUGCAGAUAUUCUGCUGGUGGUUGCGAUCACUUUACUGUGACAAGAUUGAAAUAUUUCCUACAGGAAAUGCAUUUUUUGCUUUCUUGCAGAGAGAAAGGUGAUAGGUUUAGGCUAAAAGCCGACUGAUCUGUAUCUAUUACAGUGACAACCAGCAGCAGCUUAGCUCGUAGCUUAGUACAGAGACUGGAAACAUGGGACACAGUCAGCAUGACUCUGGAAAGUUGUAUCUUCACAUUUAAAACAAUCCACAAGGCGCUGAUGAGAUUUGAGAGGUGUGUGGUUACCCAUCCCACCCUUUUCUGUAAAGUAGUUUUGAAGCUACUGCUAUUCGCAGUUAGUUUAGCAAAGCAUCAAGCCUGGAAGCAGGAGGAAAUGGCUACCCUACCAGCUUCUCUAAAGCCAACUAAUUACAUGUUAUAUAUUGUUUUGUUAAUCAAAUACAGUUAUAGUUAACCUGGCUCCAGCUACAUUUUUACUGUAAAGGCUAGAGAGCGGUUUGGAUCUUCUCAAUUUAACUCUUUCCCCAAAAAGGAUUCCUUUGAAAUACACCACAUGUCAUGAAUCACUUCAUCAACUGCUGUAACAGCUCAUCCUAAUGUCCAGUUUCACCGAAGAUGUAUGCAGUUGACACAUGUAUUAUCUCUAUUAGGCACCAGUGAUGACAUGUUUGUGAACUGUUUAUUCUGAUUAUGCAGGAGUGAGAAAACAUAGAGAUGGUAUGCUGCGUAAUUGUUUCCGGAGAGGAGGUGCGUGCAGCCUUAUGGCAUUCACGGUGUAAUGGGCAUGUAACCUACAUAAGACUUCCAUGAGCUGUAGGCAUUUCCCACUGUAAGAACAGUCACCAUACCAAAGAUGAUUAAUAAAACAAAGGUCAGAUUUUUUUUUUCUUUUUAAAAAAAGUUUCUCCCAUUGGUUACAUGUAUAGUGGGGAAAAAUAUUACAGGUCUGACUGGAGUGCUGUUUAGAGAGAACUAUGUGCAGUCCUCCCUCUGAGGAAUAAUAAAGUGAUUACAUCUAUUCAUA